CCAGUCUGUGCUGAAGCACUGUGAGCUUCACUUCACACCUACAUACAGUGUAGAGCAGCGACAAACACAGAUUUGUGAGAUAAUUAAAGAUACCUGAUCAGAGAGCAGCCAUGGCUACAUGUGGUUCAAGUUCUCCCUAUGCAGGUCUGCAGUUCAUCUCUGAGUUCAGGAUUGUGGUGGUGGGGAACAGAGGAGCUGGUAAAACCUCUGUAGCAAACAUGAUCCUGUCUAGACCGACGACAAUGUCCCCCAGGAGGACGGCUCAGUGCGCGAGGAUCCGCGGAGUCGCGGCCGGGCGGCUGGUCACUGUGGUAGACACGCCAGGCUGGUGGAAGAACUACAGCACUAAUGAGACUCCAGAGUAUCAGAAACAGGAGCUGGUGCUCAGCGCUGCUCACUGUUCUCCUGGACCUCAUGUUCUGCUUUUAGUCGUACGUGUGGACACUUUAUACAGAGACAGAAACAGAAGAUCAGCCCAGGAACACCUGGAGCUGCUUGGGGAGAACGUCUGGAGGCACACCAUAGUCAUCUUCACCUACGGCGAUCAUCUACAGGAUCAGGUGGUGGAGCAGUACGCCGGAGGUGAGGGCGAGGCUGCGCUGCAGUGGCUUGUGGGUAAAUGUGGGAGCAGGUAUCAUGUUCUGGACAUCGAGAGCUACAGCAGCUCCCAGGUCAAAGAGCUGAUCGAGAAGAUUGAGGAGGUGGUGGCUGUGAACGGUGGGUGCCAUUUUGAAAUGGGCAGAAAGCGCCUUCAUGAAGUGAAAGAGGUGAGGAAGGUGGCGGAGGAGAGAGCGAACAAGAGGAGGAUGAUGGUGGAGGAACAAAGAGGAAUUCAUGAAGGCCACAGCUGCUCCAUGUCCAGCGUACGGCUGCUGCUGUUGGGCUCCCGGAGGUCUGGAAAGAGUUCAGCUAUCAACACUAUAUUUGGAAGAGAGAUCUGUGGCUUCAGGAGAACCGCUCAGUGUGUGAAGAUUCAGGACGAGAUGGCAGGGAAGCUGAUCACUGUGAUGGACACACCAGGCUGGUGGAGGACCGUUCCAGCAAGAGACACUCCAGAGCUGGAUAAACAAGAGAUAUUGCUCAGCGUGACUCUGUGUCCCCCGGGACCACAUGCCGUACUUCUGGCUUUACGCUCUGAUAUAGCAUUCACAGAGGAGGAGAGGAAAUCGGUGGAGGAGCACAUGGAUCUGCUGGGCGAGGGAGUGUGGAAGCACACUGUUCUUCUCUUCACCCAUGGCGACUUGCUGGGGGACGUAACUAUUGAGCAGCAUAUUGAGAGUGAGGGGAAAGACCUGCAGCUGCUUGUUGCUAAAUGCAGGAACCGGUAUCACGUUCUCAACAACAACAAUUUGGUUGAUGCCACUCAGGUCACACAGCUUUUGGAGAAGGUGGAGGAGAUGGUAGCAGAAAAUGGGGGCUUUCAUUACGAAAUAGACCAAAGAACUUCUAAAGACAUGAUGCGAAAAUGGAAGCUGGUGGAGAAAAAGGCCAAGAUGAGGAGGAAGAUGAAGAAACGACUGGGGAUUAUGAGCUCAAAAAGAGGUGCUGAACAGCAUCUCUCCGAGCUUGGGCUUGUACUGCUGGGUUAUGGCGAAGCUGGAAAAACAUCGACAGGAAACACCAUCCUGGGCACAGCGGAGUUUGGAUGGAAAAGAACCUCCCAGUGUGUGAAGAGACAAGGAGAGGUAGCAGGACGACUGCUGACUGUGGUGGACACGCCAGGAUGGUGGAAGCGCUUGGCAGCUGAACACACCCCGCAACCGAACAAACAGGAGAUCGCCCAGAGCGUGCAGCUGACCUCCUCGGGUCCAAUCGCGUUCCUUCUGGUCCUGCGAUUGGACGCAUCUUUCCAGGAGGAGGAACGAAGAAGUGUGGAGGACCAUCUGAAGCUUUUUGGCCCACGAGUCUGGGACCAGACCAUGGUGCUGUUCACUUGUGGAGACUGGUUGGGCGACAGAAGCCUGGAGCUGAACAUUGAGAGUGAAGGCGAGGCUCUGAAGUGGCUCCUUGAGAAGUGCGGAAACAGGUACCACGUCCUCAACAACAAGAACCAGAGGAGCUGCACUCAGGUCACGGAGCUCCUGGAGAAGAUCGAAGAGCUGAUUGCUGACAGCAGAACAAGUCGCUUGACGGACGUGCAGGAUUCGAAGGAAGUGACGGAAAUGAAGAGAUGGGGGGAUGCUGAAACCAGAGACAGAAGAACAAAGAAGCCAAAGGAGGAGUGUAAUCUCAGCGAUGCAUUUGAUCUGGAUGAUGAUGAUGAUGUCUUUGUCACUGACAUUGGAGGCAAACUCUUCUGAGAAGAGUAGAGAAGAAGCAUAGACUGUGUAUAGCUGGACAGAGCAUCGAGAGUCUCUCAAAAGUGAAGCUACCACAGGUCGUGCGCCCCCUGUUGUUCGGUUGCAGAAAGCUGUGUAACCCCACCCAUUCCCAUAGGUUUCAAUGGCAAAACAGACAACUUUCAAUCACAUUUUUCCCCCCAAUAUACUGUAAUUCUACCUCCUUUAUUUAAAUGCAACAGCUAGUGUAACCUCUGCUUAUAUUGUCAAAUUUAGCUCUUAUUCAGCUCUAUUUAAAAAGGUGUGGUUAUUGUAUAAGGGCUGGGCUACACCUAGCCGGAUGGGACCAAUGAAUGUAUGGGUGGGAUCAUAGACUGUGUGUAUAGCUCUGUAGAGGCAGCUCUCAGGGGCGGGGUUAUUUAAAUGAGUAGGCUGUCUCUCCACAGUCAUUCUCCCUCCUCUGGUCUCCACUGCGCAGACUCGGGUUUCAGGAUCACCAACAUGGAGGAAGAUUUUGGCUUCAUAUUCAUUGAAUGAAUGGGAACAGCGACACGGCGUCCUUCUUUUUUACAGUCUCUGAUCAGAACAAAGAAUGGACAGAUGGGAGAUAAAGGAAAAGAAAAACAGAACGCAUGACUAGAAAUCAUUAUGAAUAUAUUGCUCUAAUUAAUGCCUCCAGAUGCGCUUGAGUUUGAGCUUGAGCUGAAGUUGAGUUGAGUUGAACUGGGUGUAUUAUUUGGAAUUGGGAAGGGCAGCAGGGUUGGUUGGUGACCACUGUUUUAGAUCAAUCAUUAAUCAAUUGACACACACCCCCAUUCUCUGUAAAAUAUAUAAAUAAUUAUAAAUAAAACAGACUUUUCUGUUUGGUUCAAACCAAAUGUAUGCAUGUAUGAAAGUUGACACAAACCACAGUCCAGAAUAAAGGACAGAGGUGGUCUCUGUCUGGAGCAACUAAAUCACAGAUUGUUUUUUGGAAGUGUGAAAACACUAUAGACUUUUGGAUCAAUUACACCAAGCUGAGUCAGACUAUAAUCACCUAUUAAACAAUAGAAGAAGAAAAAGAACCAGCCUUGUGCCAAAACUCAACUAUAAGUUAGGAGAAGCUGUGAGACAUGGAAGAAUGUGUGAGGGACAUUCCAGGAUUUUGGUACAUUUCCUGUCCCACCACUUAAAUUUCAAAUGUGCAUAUAUCCAAAAUAUCUAAAUGACUAUUUUUUUGUAAAAAAAAAUUACUUGUUAUAAGACAAACUGUAAAAUAUGGUGGAAAAAUAAACUCCUUAAUAAAUAAAUAAGCACCUCAAAAAAUGGCCGUUUUCUCUUGUCCCACACAUUGGGUGACCAGCUCCUUUGGCAAAUUUAACAAUUAAAAUAAGCUCUAAAUAAAUGACUUCCUCUUGUAUAUUGUUGAUAUGCAUCUCCUUUACUUAUGAAAACAACUUCUUUGGUCUACAUUGUACUGCAUGUUACAGUUUUUAUGCUAUUAAGUUGUGUCCCACAACAUGCGCUGAACCCUGUUACCAUAAGGAAUUUUACCUGGCAGAGAAAGAGUUAAAAAUAUUUGUCUACUGGCACAAAGGAAGUUACAUCACAAGGACAUUUUCUGCCCACAUGGCAAGACCAAGAGUAAGUGCUCUAACAAUUUUCAAGUUUUUUUCCCAAAUAUGUUUGUCCAAGUUGUGUGUGUCACUCAGUGAGCGCAACCCUGUUACUCAUAA